AUGCCACCGCAGAAGCAGAUCAACCACCAUCUACCGGGCGCCGUGGCGGAGCCGCGGCCCGACGCCAUCGCUGAACUGCGACGCAACGACUUCGGCGACCUGUACAACUUCCUCAAGUCUUUCGAGUCCUGCGCGACGCUCGCCGACGCGCUCGAGCCUCUAUCAUUACCUCAAGUGGACUACGUCGUCGACCAGGCCGUCAAGCCGCCCUCGACAUUAGCGGACACGGGCGCCUGCCUCCAGCUGAUGGCCGAGGGCGACUUUCUCGGGGCCCACGACGUCUGCGAGGGCUUGGUGGAGAAGGGCGCCGGGGCUGGCGACGCGGCCCGAUCAACAGCCUUCUCUAUCAUUAGUGCAUUAUGUGAAGGGGAACUGACGGGCACCUACGACCUCGCAUUCCUAGAUCGUUUGGACGACAUUGUGAUCAAUGAUCCGCGAUCAAGACCGUUCGUCGACCUCGGACGAGCGUUCUCGUCGACGGCCGAGGAGGCUCUGGGCCACGCUUUGGCGGCGGCGGCGCACCCGGCGCUCGCCGCGCUGGCCUCGGAGGCGGCGCGCCGGGCCGACUCGGAAAUAUCAGUGGUAGAAGUCGAGGAGGAGGUCCAUACAGAGGUAGAAGAGGACGAGCAGCUCCCGCCCAAAGCGCUGACGGCCCUAGACGAGUUAGUGGCCAUCAAGCCGGCCAAGGCGUUGUUUGCUGCAUUGACGGACGCGGCUCUGUUAGCGGAGGAGCGCCAGGACGACCUCCGAGAAACUAGCUUCUCAUGCGUCUUUUCGGGCAAUCCCGGGACGGGCAAGAGCACCGUGAUGAAGCUCUACGGCUCCCUGCUCGAGGAAUUGAAGGUAGCCCCUCAAGGGAAGACGGUCGAAACGACAGGCGGCGAGUUAGCGCGGGGCGGCACGGACGGCUUCGAGGCACUCAUCAAGAAGUCCUUCGCGGACCCGCAAACGUCUAUCCUACAAGUAGGGGACAAAGUCGAAGUGAAGCGCGGCGCGUCGUGGGGCAAUUUUGGGGAAGUGGUGUUUGUGGACAAGAAUACCUAUGACGUGCGGCACGGCGACUGCGUCGAGAUCAAGGCGCCCCGACACAGAAUCAGAGACAAGCGCGAGGAGGGCGGGGUGUUGUUGGUCGAUGAGGCGUAUCAACUGGACCCGUCGAACAGUAACGCGGGAAGACAAGUACUGGAGAUGCUCGUCAAGGAGAUGGAUGCGCGUCAGGGUUCACUGACGGUCGUGUUCGCGGGCCCCGCGAAGGAGAUGGACCUGUUCCUGUCGUCGACACCUGGUCUAUCGAGUAGAGUGCGUCGCACGGUGGACUUCCCCGACUUUUCCGACGAUGAGUUGGUCGAGGUUUCUCAAAGAAAAUUCGCGUCGCGGUUCGGGAAUUAUCAAUUAGCAGACGAAAAGUAUUUGCGGAUCGCGGCGCGGCGGUUGGGCAAAGGUCGGGGCGCCCCGGGCUUCGGGAACGCGCGAGCCGUCUCGCAUCUCAUAGACAACGCCUGGGAGAAGCAGACUCGGAGAAUCUCGUUAGAAAGGGCCCGAGGCGGAGACCCGGAUCCCUUCUUUAUGACGAGGGAAGAUUUAUUAGGCAAUAGGACCUUGGAUAUGUCCCAGUCCGAACCGCUCCAAGCUCUUCGAGCCAUGGAGGGCCUCGAGCGAGUCAAAGCGAAUGUCGAUGACUUGCUACGCGUGGUGGAGACGAACAACGAGAGAGAAGAUAACGAAGAGAAGCCCCAACAGCUGUCGCUCAAUAAAGUCUUCCUGGGCAACCCGGGGACCGGAAAAACAACUGUAGCACGGUUAUAUGGUCGCAUCCUGAACGAGCUCGGGUUUUUGUCGAAGGGCGACGUCGUGUUAGCUACUCCCUCGGAUUUCGUGGGAAGCGCACUAGGCCAGUCGGAAGAGAAGACGAACGCUCUGCUCGACAAGGCUCGGGGGUGUGUUUUAGUUAUUGACGAGGCCUAUGGACUGGACCCGUCGUCCGGGAAUGGGAAUGGCGCCAUCGCGGGCGGCGACCCAUUUAGAGGAGCCGUCGUCGAUGCCCUCGUCAGUAGAGUGCAGGGCGAGGCCGGCGCCGACGUCUGCGUUUUAUUACUGGGUUACGAAAGACCCAUGCGGGAAUUUCUGCGCAAGGCGAACCCGGGACUCGCGCGGCGCUUCGACCUGGAGAACGCCUUCGUCUUCGACGACUAUGAUGAUCAAGCCUUGCUCAAAAUCUUAUUACAGAACGUGCGGAAGCGUUCUUUGAAAGUUUCUUUGAGCGAUGCCAAAGCUGCCGUAAGAAAGCGCCUCGCGAAGCAGCGGCUACGGCCGAACUUCGGCAAUGCGGGGGCCGCCGAGGCGUUAGUCGCGGAAGCUGUUCAAAGAAGGGAACGCCGAUUAGAGUCGUUAGAUGCUUCGCAACGAUCUAUGGAGCGGGACUUGGUUCUUGAGGACUUAUAUGUGGAACCUGAUCACGUCAAGGACCCGUCACUGGUCUUCGACGGACUCAUAGGUUGCCAAGAGAUAAAGCAGAAGCUCACCGAAUACAGAGCGGUGGUGGACGCCGCUCGAAUCGCGGGACGGGAUCCCAUGGACGACCUCGGGAUGACGUUCUGCUUCCAGGGGAGUCCGGGGACGGGCAAGACGACGGUGGCUAGAAGGAUGGGGCUGUUGUUCGAGGCGCUAGGCGUAUUACCGUCGGCGGAGGUCGUCCAGGUCUCGGCGUCGGACUUCGUGACCGGUUACGUGGGUCAAGCGGCGAAGAAGACGCGGGACAUCUUCGAGAGUGCUAGGGGUGCGGUCUUGUUCGUCGACGAGGCCUACCGCUUGUACGACCCCACCGGAAGGUCGUAUUUUCAGGAGGCCGUCGACGAGAUUGUUACAUUAUUGACGGAGGAGGAGUACCGGAACAAGCUGGUCGUGGUGUUUGCGGGCUACGGCGGGCAGAUGCGCACGUUGCUGGAUCGGGUGAACCCAGGUUUAAAGAGUCGCGUGUCCGAUAUCAUCGACUUUCCCGACUUUACGGCAACGGACGCCGCGGCGAUUGCUGCCAAUCUGUUGAAGCGGAAGCGUUUGGGACGGGUCGGCACGGAUAUCUUGGUCGAGGAAGCUUCGAAGCUUGUGAGUGCGCCGGACUGGGCGAACGGGCGGGACGUCGACGCGUGGGUCCGGCGUAUUGCUGUUGAAAGUGCCACGCGCGGGUCUUCUGUAGCGACGCCCGCUUCUGUACGAGCCGCGACCCAAGAUUUGUUGGAGCGGAAGCGCGGCGCCGUUCUUGUGGACGCGCCGCCCGUCCUGCAAGAAGAUUUCAUGACCGAGGACAUGACGAUAGCGCCGCCGCGCGUCGAGGUGCAGACGGUGACGGACGUGCGCGAGGACGACGAUGAUGACGACGACGACGAGCCGUCCUUUGGUGCGCCGGAUUUGAAUGGUGCCCUCGAGGAGGCCUGCGUGGCGCUGGGCUACGGCGACCCGGCGCGACGGGCGGAGCUCAUGGACGCACUCACAAAUGGAGUGCCCGACGACGUCGUCGCCCAGGUCGUCGCGACGCGCGGCGGCGACCGCGGCGCCGUGGCCCAGGAGCUCGCGCGGCAGGCCGGGCCCUUCCGCGAGGCCCUCAAGCGCGUGGCCGUCGCGACGCGGCUCGGCCGCAAGAUUGACAAGGACCGCGACGCGGAGGCGGGCGGCGACGACCUGACGGACGAGGACAUCGUCCAGCGCCUGCGCGAGAUGGGGCCCUGCCCGAUGGGCUUCGCCUGGCACCGCGAGGGCUCGGGCUGGCGCUGCGGCGGCGGGAGCCAUUUCGUACAUGAUGAUGAUCCGAUGCUCCAGGCGUAGUUGGAGCGUUCUUCCCUUCCCCGUGUGUAAUUUAUUGAUCAAAUCUAGAUAACCACCACCGAAAGGAAGCGCCUACUUCUUCCGCCGCGCCGGCGCCGCGCCGGCCUUCUCCUUCUUCCGCCGCGCGAUGUGGUCGUCGACCAGCCGCCAGAACGAGUGCGCCGCCGUCGGGUCGAGGUGUCUUUUAUGUUUAUUGACGGAGACCACCGAGACGUUCCACUUUUUGACGUCCUUGGGAGUUUCGCUGUCGUCGUACUUGAUGUGCACGCCCAGGUACUUGUUGAAUAAAUCCACAGGCUGGGAAACCUUCCAGCCCUUGAACUGCCAGGCGGCGCCCUGCGCGACGACGGCCACGACCUUCUUCCAGUCGCUGUCCGACAACCGCCGCGGGUCGUCUACUAAUUUAAAUGAUUGCACGACACCAUCACCUCUUGUACGAGACACCUUGACGACCGGCUCCUUCUUCGCGCCCUGCUGCCGUUUUUGGGCCGGUGUUAUGUAGGUGUUCCGUUCGAGCAAAUCGGCCGCAUUUACUAACGUAAGUAAGGCCGUGGGGGCGUUGGGCACGAUGAUGAUGCCGACCGUACCGGACGUCCUCGGUUUCUUCUUUGAUUCGGCCUUGGCCUCCUCGCGCGCCCGUUUCUUGUCCGCGGCCACCGGAUCUUUUUUGCGGAGCUUUUCAUCCCUAGCGGCCUUCUCCUUGGCCUUCUUCUCUUCGUGCUGUCGUUUUUUGGCCGCCUGCUUUUCCCGUUCUACGUAUCUCUCCCACAGCCUCGCCGCGAAGGAGAAGUCGCGGCCCGGGAUACAAACUAGAGCGGCAUUCCGGUCGCCCAACGAGUAGCACUUCGACUCGAAGGGGUCGUCGGCGUCGUCGUCGACCUCUUCCUUCUGUUGCGUAGCCUGGGUCUCCACCACUUCGAUGGGAGGCGCUUCUACCGGCUCUUCGCCCUCCAAGUUCGCCGAGUCGUCCUUGGCUCCCGAUAACAGCGCGCGCACGUCGCCCUGGUCGACCGUGACGACGCCGCGAAUUUUGCGCGCGAUGCACGCUCGGAGGUAUUCCGAUUGUUUUGUGUACCUUACGAGCAGUACGACGGCGGCGAGCGAGUACACCCCGAUGCCCUGCUGGGAACUCCGGUACCCGGUCGGCUCUUCACCUUUAUAGGUCGUACCAUCGAUCGCCACGGAGCCGUCGUCGGCGACGUCGGGCGGGUUGUUGGGCCGCGUCGCGAGGUGGGCCCGCAGCGCGCGGAGGCAGGGAGCGCCGCGCAUCUUGGUGUUUUUGUCUCGCGCUCGCUCGCGCGCGGCGACGGCGUGGGGGGCGGCUUGCCUUGCCCUCAGCGGAAGAGGUGUUGGUCGCGCCGCCUCGCAGGUCCUGCGUAAAGGGACUAACUGGUGCUUUGAAAGAUGACUGCCAGUGAAUCUCUUGGGCUCAACAGCAGCUCUGAUGGCGCAAAAAACGUCCCCGCGAGCUGCUCGAGCUCACUAAUCGUGCUAGCGGCUGUAAGACACUAGGAAGAUUAAAACUCCAGGAAGCGCAGGGAGGGCACACAGACGCGUCCCGAGACAGCUCGAGCAUCGUUGUAGCGCGUGGGAGCCCGGAGGCGCCGCUCGACGUUUGUGGGACCGCACUUUUUGACGGCUCCCGCUGCGCCAACAAUUCGCCAGCGGUGCGCAGGAGACGUCCAUAUAGUGCGCUGAGAGCCGGUUGCCACGCCUACGGCCGCGGCGCUGCUCGCAGACGCGCCCAAAACGCGGGCGACACCACCAGUGCCCAAAAGUAGUUGACGACGUAAACGCCGCGCCGCGCCCUCCUCUGGCACCGUCGGACCGUCCUGAAGGACGCGGCCGCCGCAAACGACAGCGACACCAUGCCCACGACGCCCCCCAAACCGCCAAGCGCCGAGGCCGCCGAGCGCCUCGAGCGCAUCAGGUCUGCGUCGGCCACAAAACCCGCGUUAGCGAUGCGCACGAACGACCGCGUCUCCUUCUGCACGCCGCCCACUUUGCAAGUGCCCGAGACGCCCCAGGACCGCAGCGCCAAGAUCCGCGCGGACGCCUCCGCGCGCUUCGAGAGGGAAAAGCGGCGCCGCGCGUCGUCGAUCAGCGCCACGAAGAUCCCGGAGGGCGGGCCCCUGCCGCGGAGCACGCUGGGCGGGCCCUCGGCGAAGAAGAUCUGUGACAAGGAGAAUUCUGCUGUCCACGCAGAAGAAACUUCGACAAUCGACGAGCCGCGCUUCACGGAGGCGUCGCGCUGGUCGUCGACGUCGCUGAAGGGCGUGAGUGCGACGCGAGAUGAUUCCUGGAGCGCGGCACUCGACGCGCGGGCCUGGGAGGAACCCGUACCUCAAGUCGCUGCUUUGGAGGCCGAUCUCGUGGACAAGAUGGUCUGGGCGCCCGUUGGUGAUGAUGAAAAGCCGGGGAGGGUGCGCAAGGUCUGGCUGGACGACAAGGGCGCGUAUUUCGUCGGGGUCGAGUUAUUGCAGGACCACGCUAACGCCUCGUCGACGGCGUUCCCGUGCUUGCCUCAUCGGGGCGUGGCCGUGUCGCCGUCCUCCAUUAGAUUAUUGAGCUGGCAGGACUUGUGUGCUCUGCCGCCGCCGGCGCCGCCGCCGCCCGCCGGGCCGCCGCAGACGUCCUCGGAGGGCUCGACCGAGUGCGACCCGUCGCCAUUAAUCGAGGGCCGCACGCCGCCGGCCUGGGCCGAGCGCGAUCAGUUGAAUGCGUCGCUGCGACGGCAGGACUUCGCGAACCCGCCGCUCGAAUUAGGACCGGAAGGCGCCAUGGGCACGUCCUGCGACCUCGCCGACGUGUUCGGGCGGGCGUCGCUCGCGCCGCGGGGCUACCGCGAGACGGGGGACUGGGCGGCGGACUCGUGGGACCUGCGGACGGGCGCCGUCUAG